CAACUAAAAGUAUCGGCCAUUUCGACUGAGCCGGCAUACCUCAAUACCUCAGCAGUCUUUGGUAGAGCGGGAAGGUUUCCGUGUAUCAACGUCCCGGAUAACAACACAAAAAUGAAUGAGACCGUCGUCUCGUUCGCUAAGGACUUCUUGGCUGGUGGUAUUUCCGCUGCCAUCUCCAAAACAGCUGUAGCUCCUAUUGAAAGAAUCAAGCUUCUGCUUCAGGUGCAACAUGCUAGCAAACAGAUCACCGUUGACAAGCAGUACAAGGGUAUCAUGGAUUGCGUCGUCCGUAUCCCCAAGGAGCAGGGCUUCCUGUCGUUCUGGAGAGGCAACUUGGCCAACGUCAUCAGAUACUUCCCCACUCAGGCCCUCAACUUUGCAUUCAAGGACAAAUACAAGCAAAUAUUCCUGGAUGGUGUGGACAAGAAACAGUUCUGGAGGUACUUCGCUGGUAACCUGGCCUCUGGUGGUGCUGCUGGCGCUACCUCCCUCUGUUUUGUGUACCCCCUCGACUUUGCCAGAACCCGACUGGCUGCUGAUGUCGGCAAGGCCGGUGCUGGGCGUGAGUUUAACGGCCUGGGCGACUGCUUGAAGAAGAUCUACAAGGCUGAUGGUCUGAAGGGCCUGUACCAGGGAUUCUCUGUGUCGGUCCAGGGCAUCAUAAUCUACAGGGCAUCUUACUUUGGUGUCUAUGACACAGCCAAGGGCAUGCUGCCAGAUCCCAAGAACGCAAGCAUCUUGGUCAGCUGGGCCAUCGCUCAGUCUGUGACUGCAGUUGCUGGUCUUACAUCCUACCCCUUCGAUACCGUCCGUCGCCGUAUGAUGAUGCAGUCUGGACGUAAAGGAGGUGACAUUAUGUACACUGGCACCAUUGACUGUUGGAAGAAGAUUGCGAAGGAUGAGGGCGGCAAGGCCUUCUUCAAAGGAGCCUGGUCCAAUGUUCUCCGAGGCAUGGGUGGUGCCUUCGUGCUGGUCUUGUACGAUGAGUUGAAGAAGGUCCUCUAAACUAUUUUUAGAUGUCUCCCCAUAAAUGUUUAAACUGUAACAUAACUUGUACAUUUGGAAGGACUGUCAAAUUCCGCCUUAUUUAUAGGGACCAACUAGUAUGUUUGUGCUAGUUGUACUGGAGAAAUCGGUUUUGCGCUUUUAAUUUGCCCAAUGUUUUUCUGUUUUCCCCCCCAGAAUGUCAUUCCCAUUUAAAAAAAAAAAAGUUACUAUGCCAGGUCUUCAAAUGUCAACCUGUUUCAUCCGGCUGGCCUGUUUCUAGUCAAUACUGUAAAAAUAAAGGCAACCUACUGAAUGAACCUACAA